AUGCUAUCUACAAGGAACUGGAUUCUUAGUGGCACGAUCAGGAGAGCUUUCUCGAAAACUGCAAUCAAAUCGGACUUGUCAUUGAAGAUUAAGCUCACACCAAAUGAAAAGUCUCAAGUCAACCUGAAAAACACCAACACAAGCUCAAAUGCGCCCUCUCAAAUCAAAAAAGUGGACUCCAGGCUCGUGAAAAAGUUCCAAAGUGGUACAACAUACGAUCCCUUCGAUUUCUCGCUUGCCAGACUGCAUCUAGACAAGAAAUUCGCAUCAAGAAACUCAUUCAACGAUCUUUUCGAUAAAAACGGCGUGGACCCUCUGGAUCUGUACACUAACCCAGAGUUUCUAUCACAAUUCGUAACCUCGUCGGGCAAAAUCUUGCACAGAGAUGUUACAGGUCUUUCUGCCAAAAACCAGCGUCGUCUGAGCAAAGCCAUAAGAAGAUGUCAAGCCAUCGGCCUCAUGUCAAAAACCCACAAAGACGUCUCGUACCUGCCGUCAAGAAUCAUGGGCAAAAUAUGA